UUUCUCAUAUUACCAUGUGGCAUCUCUUGGGUGCAAAAGACUUCUUUUCAAAUGUCACUGUGAAUUAGCACAUAACCUUGCUUAUUACCCAGCAAUUUGUGCGAAUAUCUGCAAAAUUGCACUUUUUUUCCUGUCAACAAGUCUUUGAAAAUACAACAAGUCUCUGCCUAUUUUUAACUUUUGGUUCACAUUUCAGGAGUUGUUGAAUUCCUUGGUUAAUCCACCACAUGCCAUCGGCAACAAAGCCUUAGAAUUUUGCCCCCAGACCUCAGAAGAGAAAAAAAUUGCCAUUCUUGUGGUUGAAAAGUGGCUAUUCUGAAGCAGUGCUCAGUUGAGCAUUUAUUAUAUAUUUAAUAAUUUUUUUAGAUUUAGUGGUUCCUUUGUGUUUGCUAUUAAGCCCUUUCAUCUGUUGUCAUGGAAAGGGAUGCCAGUUUUAAUGUCAAAAUCAAGACAGAACAUGAUGAAACAAACUACUGUAUACCAGUAAAGCCUGAACGAAUCUUAUUUGAUGACGAGGAUUUUUCUGAAGAGCUCCCCAGCUUUUGGAGAGGCAAGUUUGAAGAUCUUGACUACCAAGACCAAGCCGAAUGCUCCUCACCCAGCCUGCCAGACAUCACUCUUCCGUCAGUAGAACAGGAUUUUUCUGAAGAGCUCCCCAGCUUUUGGAGAGGCAAGUUUGAAGAUCUUGACUACCAAGACCAAGCCGAAUGCUCCUCACCCAGCCUGCCAGACAUCACUUUUCCGUCAGUAGAACAGUUGAGCAGCGAGCAGUGGUGCUCUUCCAAGACAGCACCACAGGACAGUUCUGGCUGUGCCUCUGCCGAAUCCCCCGACUCUGGCAAAUCCCCUAACCCUGGGGAAUCCCCAAACUCUGCCGAAUCCCCCAACCCUGAGGAAUCCCCAAACUCUGCCGAAUCCCCCAACCCUGAGGAAUCCCCAAACUCUGCCGAAUCCCCCAACCCUGUGGAAUCCCCCAACUCUGCCAAAUGCCCAAACUCUGCCGAAUCCCCCAACCCUGAGGAAUCCCCAAACUCUGCUGAAUCCCCCAACCCUGAGGAAUCCCCAAACUCUGCCAAAUCCCCCAACCCUGAGGAAUCCCCCAACUCUGCCAAAUCCCCCAGCAAAAUCCCAUAUUUCCAUUGUGCUGCAUGCAACUGUUCAUUUGCAAGAAGAGAGUUCUGGAAGGAGCACUUCUUUGAACAUCAUGCAGCGAGGAAAAGAAAAUCAUGCACUUGUGCCCAACCAAGAUUUCCUUCACCACCUCCUCAGGUUAUGGAAGGGAAACGAUUUUCGUUGGAAACAUCUCCUGGAAAACAAGACAAUGAUGAAGAAUUUCGUGCCAAGUAUUCAGCACCCUUGUGUGAGAACACACAACAUUCAUCACGCAAAUCAUUCAGCAAACAAAAGCAUUCAUCACACAAAACAUUUCAGUGCACACAAUGUAGCUUUAAAUCUUCUAGAAAACAAGACUGUGACAGACACUAUCUUUCAAAACAUGCAUUGAAUAAGCCGUUGGCUUGCUCACACUGCGACUACACUUGUGUGCUGGGCCGGCAACUCCGCAUACACAUCAGCUCCAAACACACUAUAUGCAAAGCUUAUCUCUGCACACUAUGCAGAUACUCGUAUUACCGCAAGCAACACCUCACUCGGCACUUCUACUCCAAACAUUCUUCCGUACACUAGUCACCAAAGUCUUGAAUAUUGAAUCGAGUGCCUUCAAUUUAAUUACAAUUUAAGAAUUUGUUAAUAUAUAUCUAAAGUUUGCUAAGUACAAACGGGGUCUUCUAGCAAUCAUGAAUUUCAUCAACAAAUUUCUCAGAUGAAAAUGUUUAAAAUUUCUUUUUAUAGUUAUUAAGGGAAUUUUGUAUUAUUUCUGCAUCACAUUGAGAAAAGUUAGUAUUAAUUUUGCAUUCAAUGGAUCAUGUGGUUUGGGUUUGAACUCAUGCAGCCCAUGCACUCCUAGCAACAGCAGUCAGCAAUUGCUUCAGCAUUCCUAGCAAUAUUGUUAAUUAAUUUUCUUGUUUUGUUUUGUUCAGUAUUGUAUGGUGAACUCUGAAUUUUUAUACAUUAUUAUUAAUGUAUUACUAAAUACUCUAAUCGGCGACUGCAUCAUAUACUCUGAGCUAUCUUUGUUAAACGAAUCUGAUAUUCUAAGCCCUCUAUAUGAGAGGAAUCUUUCAUUCUAAGCUAACUAUGUGAGAGGAGUCUUUUUACUCUAAGCUAACUAUGUGAGAGGAGUCUUUUUACUCUAAGCUAACUAUGUGAGAGGAGUCUUUUUACUCUAAGCUAACUAUGUGAGAGGAGUCUUACUCUAAGCCAACUAUGUGAAAGGAGACUUUUACUCUAACCUAACUGUGUGAGAGGAGUCAUAUACUCUAGCCAUCUAUGUGCUUUCAUAAGUUUACAACCAUUGUGCAUUAAUGGGUGGGUCGGUCAAAGGCCGUUUUAAACCGCCCAAGUCUCUUGUUGUUUUCGUUGUAACUCUUAAUUUUUGCAAGUUGAAUUUCUAUCAAUAAAUUGUUACAUUUCUCAUUGGGUUUGGCAUUGAUGCCACCACCUGAACAACGUAGCUCUUGAUUAAGUCUUUUCGUUCCAGCUAGUGUUCCAGAGCGUCACAGUUCUUCACUAUUCGUUAUUAAAUAUUAACCCAAGUCUA